CCUUUCUGACACAGACACCAUGAAGGCAGCAGUGACCCUCCUGGCUCUCUCUCUCCUUAACAUCGGCUUCUCAGUCCCGGUUAGCCGCCCCACCAACUGGCUCAGACAAUGCCGAGCCUCCACCAACCUCUCCAUCACAGCACUGGAGGUGCUGCCGGGCGGAGGCUGGGACAACCUCCGGAACAUGGAUACGGGUCGAGUCAUGAACCUCAGCUACUUCCAGUGCCAGACCACUGAGGACGGGCUCUACCUCAUACCUGAUGAGGUGUUUGUCAUCCCCCACAAGGAGACGGGUGUGGAGACGAACUCGGAGAUAAUCAGCUCCUGGCUGGAGCAGAAAAGCUCUACAUCUUACAGCAUCAAUGCUGAUGUGUCAUUCCUCUCGGUGCUGAAUGGCAAAUUUUCCACAGAGAACCAGAGGAUGAAAACCCAUCAAGUCAAAGACUCUUCAACUACAGCCAGAGUGCAAGUUCGUAACUUCAUCUACACGGUUAAGGCUUAUCCAGACUUCACUCUGGAUACACGUUUUGCUCAACAAGCCAAAGAGAUAGCCAAUGCAAUUGAAAACAACCAAACAAAGAACGCAGCUUAUCUCUCAGAGAAGAUGGUGCUGGACUAUGGAACCCAUGUUAUCACUAGUGUGGAUGCUGGGGCUACUUUGGUGCAGGAAGACUACCUCCGUUCUUCAUAUGUAUCGGACAAUUUAGCAGAACGUUCCUCUGUCCAAGCACAGGCGGGCCUUAACUUUUUCGACAAACUCAAGUUUGACAUAAGCAGUGAAAGUGCAAAACAGAGCUCAUCACUUCAAGCAUAUCAGUCCAAUAUUUCUUACUCUCUCAUCCAAAGCCAUGGUGGCGGAACACCUUUCUAUCCUGGCAUCACUCUGCAGAAGUGGCAGGAAAGUACCAGGAACAACCUGGUUGCUAUUGAUAGGUCAGGGUUUCCUCUACACCACUUUAUAAACAUCAACACUUUCCCUGAUCUGCCACAGCCUACAGUUGGCAAAGUGGCUGUUGCAGUGAGUCAGGCUGUAGAGCGAUACUACAAGGUCAACACGCGACCUGGCUGUGUUGACGUCAACUCCAAGAACUUCAACUUCCAAGCCAACAUUGAUGACGCAUCCUGCGAGGGCCCCGCCACCAACCUCAGUUUUGGUGGUGUCUACCAAGAGUGCAUUCAUGUAAGCCCAGAUGCAGGCCCACUAUGUGAUGUCCUGGCCCAGAAAAACCCUCAAACAGGGGAUUUCUCCUGUCGUUCGCCUUACUCUGCCACCUUACUGAGAUCAGAAGUCAGACAGCAGGGCUACACAUCCUACGAUUGUCAUAACGAACGCUACAGAUGUGGGUUUUUAGGCCUUUCCCAUUGCAAUCGUCAAGUGUGUCAGGACAACUACCACGUUCGCUCUGCUCGCAUCAACACCUUCUGGUGCUCUGUAAGCGGAGAGGCCCCAGACAACUCAGGCUAUCUGUUUGGAGGCAUAUACAGCCCCUCUCUCCUGAACCCCCUCACCAAAGCCAAAAGCUGUCCCCCAAACUACAUUCCAGAAACGUUUCUCUCAGACGGCCAAGUGAUCUGUGUGAGUAACGACUAUGAAACUGCCAGCAGAUACGCUGUACCAUUCGGAGGCCUCUUCAGUUGUCAAUCUAACAACCCGCUGGCAGGGAACCAACGUCGCUGCCCUCCUAAGUUCAGUCAGCACCUUGCAUCAGUGAGUGAUGGCUGUGAAAUUCUUUACUGUGUCCAGUCAGGACUGUUCACAGGUGGGCAGCUGCUUCCGAUCCAUCUGCCACCUUUCACUAAACCCCCACUGGUCAGCAUGCAAUCCACAAACACAGUUAUGGUGAUGACAGAAGGAGAGAAGAGCUGGGUCAGAGUAGGGCAGACCAAGGCGUGGAAACUGGCACAACCAGAGGAAAUCAGGGAAAUGUUACGGAAGAUCAACCCAGAAUCGGGUCAGAUGUCUAGUGGUGAAAAGGUAGGGGUAGCAUUCGGGGUGAUGGGCAUGAUGGGGCUGGUGGUCGUAGCGGCAGUUCUUGUGGUGAAGAAGAGGAGGAGGCUGUCUGUGUUUUCGCCAGCUAGAGGCUAUGAGGCAAUAAGUGGUGAGGUUGAACGUGAUGAAGGAGGAGAAAUUGAAGCACAACAAGAUGAGGCUUGAAGGCUUGGCUCGGACAGAGUCCGAUUUUGUUGCCAACUUCCUUGUUGAUUGUCACCUCAGAAAUCCUUGUCAUGGAUCUUACAGUGGGGGGUGGGACUUUUUAUGUUGAAGGGCUUCUAGUUUGAAUCAGUUGGACUUCUUAUUCUUUUGAAUUGUCUAUGAAAGUAGUUCAAACUUUAACAACUGCGAUGGAAAAUAAAUGUAAUUAUUUUAACAAUAAAAUGUAUUGGUAGUACUUUAAGCCAUGGCUUAGCAUUAUUAAACUUUGUAUUCUGCGUAUUAACAACUGUAUCAUAUUAUGACUGAUCUAAGAAACAGCAAUCUACCUUUGAAAUCACCAACUGGACUAAAGCAGAGGGGCUCUCCAAGGCAACAGCAAAUCAAUACUGCCCUCAUGAGGCCAAGAUGCAUAAAGUCAUGUAACAGUGUAUAUAAACCCAUUUAAGAACCUGCAUGCUUUGUACAUAGUACCAUUCACUAAACAUGCUGUAAAUUAAUCUAUUUACAGAUAGGUGAU